CUCUCCUCUCGUCUCUCGCAAGCUGUACGGACGGAUAUUAUGACUUUUCUUGGAUUUAGCAUGGAUGGAUUUACAACUGAAUUCGUGAAGCCUGUUACGUGGAUUCCCGUGGCUGCCGUUAUUGUUUGUCUUGCAGUGCUUUCUUUGUCCUGUUGGGUUGCGAAAUAUAUUGUGCUUUGGACGGAGAGGAAAGAGAAAGUUGCAACGUCAUCAGAUCCGAAGAACGAAACUCGCAAACCAGCUGAGGAAAAACCCGACCCGAUGGUCUACUACAUCUCGGAAUCUGCCGGUCGCCCUUGGUCCUCCCUCUUCCCUCGACGAUCGUCUGCAAUAUCCAUCAACAUCGACGCGCCGAGAGACAUCUACGCCUUCUCGACCUCAUCCUUAGAAGACGAAGUGUUUCAAGAUGUCAUAGAAGAGUGCGAAUUCCACUCCGUGUAUAAUGGGAGCAGUAGUGAGUCGGUAAAGAUGCCAUCAUCGCUCUAUGCCUGUGACGAGAAAACUAUGAGUUUCGGCAGUGAGAACAGUGAGAGAACUUUGCAGUCUUUUCCUCAAACGAGUGAGGAAAGUUUGUUCUCUCAAGAAAUUUUUGUUUGAUUUUAAAAAUUCUAAUGUUUGUAAAUUAUGAUAUCAUGAGUUCUGUGUGCUCUGCAUAUUUAAAUAUCAUCUUUGUGUGUAAACGGACGGCAAAUUAAAAUACUAUAUAAGAUUCAUUCCAAGGAUGGAAAUAAUAUUUGGAAAGACCAUUAUCCGUGUC